GAGCGAGCAUAUUAAAUGGGUUUGUGAUGAGAUGUGCGCUUUAGUGUGACAUCCCGCGAGAGCCGAAGAAAACACUUCUUCAGUGUCUGCUCGCAGCUCAUCAGAACACCAGAACUGAGAGAGAAAUAGUCCGUCACAUUUACUAACUAAAACAGAAAUCAAGAGUAUAAACCCAAUUCUGAGGAGAAAACAAUCACAACUCUAUGUGAUAUAGAUUUACAAUAGUAAGAUAAUGUUCAUGAAAUAUAAUCUCAACAGAGACGCGAACUAGAAUAACUCAUCAUUUCUGUGAGGAAGAAGUGAAAACUAUGUGACAAACUUCAGUAAACAGAGUUCUGAGACAAACUGAAAGUGAGAAAAUAUUUCAAAAAUGUAAACUCAAUUUCGAGGAAGAGUGUCACGUGAGAUGCCAACCCAAGAAUUCAGAUCAGUAUUCUGAUACAGACUCAAAACUGAGAGAACAGUCUAAAUGAGUAAUAACGAGACAUAACCUUGCCAAUUGGCUCUCAGCGUCAGUAUGACGGAGGAGGAGGCCCCGGGGCCCGCUGAGCCCCUCUCGGCCGAGGACUACGCCGCAGAGGCCAUGGCUGCAGACAUGGACCCCUGGAUCAAGUUUGACGCCCGUAAGACGCCCCGAGCAGAGUUCAGCAGCUGGCUGGAGUCGAACAGGCCGUCGCAGGUGAGCCGCUGUGGGGCCGAGGGCCCGGUGGGCUGGAUCUGUGUGCGAGGGCCGCAGGACUGGGAGGACAGCGGAGAUGUGGAGGGUCUGCAGGACAGCUGGGAGACACUGCUGGAGAGCGGCCGCAGCAUCAGCUUCCACACCAUCAGAGAGCUGGCGCUCAAUCACAGCGUGCUCUACGGGAAGUGGCUGAUGCACCUGGACACGGGCUUCAAGGUGGACCGCGCCUGGGAGAGCAUCGCCAGAGCCGUGCUCGACGGCAAGAUCGGCUCCGCCAAAGUGAGUCCCAGAGACCCGCGCUCCGACCCCAGGCACGUCAUCUGCGUCUACAACCAGAACUUCACAGACGAGGAGCAGGUGAUGCGUCUGGACUCGGUCAUCCGCGCCGCUGGUGUCAAGUGUGUCAUGUACUACAAACCUGACGUCUACACGUACCUGGGCAUCUACCGCAACAACCGCUGGAAGAUCUGCCCCACCAUCUACGAGAGCAUGUUCGACCUGGAGAGCGUCCCUCGCCGCUCACACAUCAUCAACAAGGUCACCAACCAGGAGGUGACGUGAAGCCGCUGCGCUCCCGGCCCGAACACCUCUCUGUCUUACUUUAGUUUGGAACUGCACUUUUGUCUUGAAGAAACGUUCUGUUGAGUUAGCGAUGUCAGUGACGGAGAAACUGCAUGUCGACGUGUGUACAUACAGCCAAAAUGUUGAAGGGCUUGAGAUAUUUGAGUUAUUCUUUUAAAACAUCUUUUAUAUUCAACAAGGUUGGUUUUGUUCAUCUGUUCAUUUUGCCAAAUAAAUCCAGGAGAUUUCAAUCUG